UUCUUUACCGGGUACCAGACACAGGGAAAACGACAAAAUGUCUGACAUUGAAAAGUGGAUUGAAAUAGCAAAAGAUUGCAAUUACUUGCCCGAAAAUGACCUUAAAAGGUUAUGUGACAUGGUAUGUGAGUUACUCCUUGAAGAAUCCAAUGUGCAGCCCGUAUCGUCCCCUGUCACAGUGUGUGGUGACAUUCAUGGACAGUUUUAUGACUUAAUAGAAUUGUUCAAAACAGGAGGCCAAGCACCUGACACUAAUUAUAUAUUCAUGGGUGAUUUUGUAGACCGAGGAUAUUACAGUUUGGAAACUUUUACGUUACUGCUCACAUUAAAGGCACGGUGGCCAGACAAAAUCACCCUACUGAGAGGUAAUCAUGAAAGUAGACAGAUUACACAGAUAUAUGGAUUUUAUGAUGAGUGCCAGACAAAGUAUGGUAAUGCUAAUGCAUGGAGAUAUUGUUGUAAAGUAUUUGAUCUACUUACAGUUGCCGCAAUAAUAGAUGAAACAAUUUUAUGUGUACAUGGAGGUUUAUCACCAGACAUUAAAACUAUUGACCAGAUACGUACAAUAGAGAGAAAUCAAGAAAUACCACAUAAAGGUGCAUUCUGUGAUUUGGUAUGGUCUGAUCCAGAAGAUGUAGAUACAUGGUCUGUUAGUCCAAGAGGAGCAGGAUGGUUGUUUGGUGCCAAAGUUACAAAUGAGUUUGUACAUAUAAAUGGUUUGAAGUUGAUAUGUAGAGCUCAUCAGUUAGUGCAUGAAGGAUAUAAGUAUAUGUUUGAUGAGAAGUUAGUAACAGUAUGGUCAGCACCUAACUAUUGCUAUAGAUGUGGAAACAUUGCUGCAGUAUUAUCAUUUAACGACGCAGAUAACAGGGAAGCUAAACUUUUCAGAGCUGUUCCCGAUUCAGAACGAGUUAUACCAGCAAAGUCAACAACACCUUACUUUUUAUAAUAUUAGUUGAUAAAGACCAAUAAUUUGAAACAGAAUAGUUGAGUGUCAAGAAAUUUUAAGUAAAUGGACAUGUAGAAAAAUGGACAAAAGAAAAUCGUAUCAAAAUAAUGAUAUACUAUGUUUGAACUGACUAAUUAUUUAUUCGAUUUGUUUGAAACUAAUUAUAAUGGAUUAGGGCAUAAUCUAGAACAAAUUGAGCAAAAACAUCUACAUAGUUGUGAUCAAUUCUUUUUUUUUCAUUGCAUCAUGAUAUAUUUUUUAAAAAGUACAGACGUGGGCAAACCAUUAUGUUCCUCUGAUGAUAUUCUAGAUUAUUCUCUGUUUACCUUCAUUGUUUGUUAUUAUAACAUUAAAUGCAUGAAUAUAUUCAUUAAUACAUGUAUGUUCAUAAAUUUUUAAAAUGAAAAUAAUUGUGUUUGGUACAUAAUCGUCCCUCACUAUUUCCCAUCUUUGCUAUUCUAAUAAAAUAGAUGUGGAUAAGUAGAAGAGGACUUCCAAAUUGCCCAGACGUCCAACAUACUUUUCAUAGUUUUGCAUACUUCCUACUUAGGGGUAUAUAACCAGGAGGGUCUCGUACGUUCAUAUUUUUUUGCAUACAUCAAACGGACAUACAACCAUAAAUGACCCUAUACCAAUGUCCAAAAAUUAAACUUCACUUCCUUCCCUUUUUAUCCAGUUUAAUGGAAUAGCCCUCAUCAGUUCAAUCUUGCAGAACCAGAGGCAGAUUUACAGAAAACUGAAUCUGUUUUUUUUUAAGUUAUUUUGUUUUCCUCUAAAAAUUCAUUUAUCUGCUAUGGAAAUAACAGUGAAAUUCUAUUUCAUAAGUACAGUCAGCUUAAGCUAAUUUUGCUGACACAAGAAAGGGAAACAAUUCAAUUAAGCCUUAAACUCAAAGCUUAAGUUGAAAGGUUAUUUUAUAUUGAAAAUAUAUACUUGUUACCCUGGGCAAGUCCUUAAUUGUGGCAAACCAUAUAUAUGCUAUCACCAAACUGUUUAACAUUGUUAUAAAUUAUUAUGAUGGUUUUUUUUAGUGCUGGUAGAAAUUUUAAGCUCUAUCAAAGAUGUAUUGUAAAAAUUAAAAAUAAAAGAAUAAUGAACUUUCACUAAAACAUUACUGCAUAUUAAAUAUGGACCAUUCUAAUAUUUAUUAUUUAAUGUGUUUCUGAAAAACUAAACAAUGGUUUGAAAUUGUUUGUUUCCAACAAAGUAUCUUAUUUGAUUCUAAUGACAUUUCAUCAAUAGUUAUAUUUUGUGUUGAUAUUUUCACAAUUUCAAUGCAAAAUUUAUUGUGCUGUGGUUAAAUUCACUUAUUGAACGAUAAAUAAGCCCUUCUCAUAAAUUUGGUUGAUUUGUGUAAACUAUUCAAGAGGGGAAUAUUUUCCCGUAUUUUACAUGAUUGCUAGAUAAGCGGAAAUAACCACAGCACGAAAAUUUUCAUUUUUACAGUUAAAAAUGCAAAAGUGUAAUUAAUUUUAUAUUGUAAAUAAAAAUAUAAAUAUUU